AUGCCUCCUCGGCCAGGACAAAAGACAGCUCUUAUCACCGGGUGCACACCCGGCGGUAUUGGCCAUGCCAUCGCCCUCAAGUUUCACGAAAAGCGGAAGCCGGAGAGCCAUGUCCGGACCAAACUGACGCGGUGUCCCCGAGCAGGCGUGCACGUCAUCGUCACGGCCCGUAGGCCCGAGGUCCUCGUCGAGAUGGCCGCCAUGGGCAUGGACGCCGUCAAGCUCGACGUGACCAAUGCCGAGAGCAUCGCCGAGGCCAAGGCCCAGGUCGACGAGCUCACGGGCGGGAAGCUCGACUUCCUCGUCAACAAUGCCGGCGUCACCCACACCGUCCCCGCCACCGACAUCGUCAUGGACGACGUCCGCAACACCUUCGAGACCAACGUCUUCGCCGUCAUGGCCAUGGUCCAAGCCUUUGUCCGGCCCCUCAUCGCCGCCAAGGGCCUCAUCAUCAACAUCAGCUCCCUGUCCGCCCGCACCCCGUACUGCUUCGGCUCCGUCUACUGCGCCACCAAGGGCGCCAUCGACGCCUACUCCCGCACCCUCCGCCUCGAGCUCCGGCCCUUUGGCGUCCGCGUCAUGGUCGCCGUCACCGGCACCGUCCGCAGCAACAUCGCCAACGUCACCCACCGCACCCUCCUCCCCAACUCCCUCUACGAGCCCGUCCGCGACAUUUUCGAGUGGCGCCUCGUCUUCUCCCAGAACAACGGCACCGUCUCCACCAGCGAUUACGCCGAUAAGCUCGUUCGCGCGGCCCUCCGAACCCCUGGUUUCCUCGCCUGGCUCCUCGGCCGCUCCGGGCCCCCAAGUGGUUCUGGGCCGGCGGCUUCUCUACCCUUGCCUGGUUCGGCUCCUUCUUUGGCGAGUGGCUCCUGGACUUUUCUGCCUCUACCGCUUCAAGAUCCCCACCAUGACCAAGAGGCUUGA